AUGGCAGCUUCUCUCGUCUCAUCUCAACCUGAAGAUAUCAGUGCCGCUUCAUAUGUCGGAUUCGAUUCUAUCACCAGGCAAAUCGAGCAUAAAUUACUCAAGAGAGGGUUUCAGUUCAAUGUUAUGGUAGUUGGUCAAACUGGAUUAGGAAAAUCAACAUUGAUCAAUACACUCUUCGCAUCCCAUUUGAUUGAUUCAAAAGGUAGAAUAGAACCUGAUAUUGCUCCUCGUCAAACUACUGAAAUCCACCCUCAGUCACAUGUGAUUGUCGAGAAUGGUGUAAGACUCAAGCUGAACAUCAUUGACACACCUGGAUAUGGAGAUAAUGUUAACAACGAAGGAUGUUGGGAUCCGAUUGUCAAAUAUAUCAAAGAUCAACAUUCCGCUUACCUUCGAAAAGAACUGACAGCUAUGAGAGAUCGACAUAUCCCAGAUACAAGAAUCCAUUGUUGUCUGUUCUUCAUCAACCCAACAGGACACACUCUCAAGCCCAUCGACAUUGUCGUUCUUAAAAAGCUUGCAGAGGUAGUCAACGUCGUUCCCGUAAUUGCAAAGUCCGAUUCUUUGACAUUGGAAGAAAGAGCUGUUUUCAAGCAGAGGGUUAUGGCUGAAUUGCAACAUAAUCAAAUCCGACUUUAUCCGUUCGAUGCGGAUGAAUUGGAUGAAGAGGAAUUACAGCUCAAUGAGAGGAUCAGGGAAAUGCUUCCUUUCGCUGUUAUUGGCUCCGAACGAUCCGUCAUCAUUGAUGGAAGACCUGUUCGAGGUCGAAAGAACAGAUGGGGAGUAAUCAAUGUUGAAGAUGAAAGACAUUGUGAAUUCGUCUACUUGAGGAACUUCCUUACCAGAACACAUUUACAAGAUCUCAUUGAAACGACUGCUCAAAUCCAUUACGAAUCAUUCCGAUCUAAACAACUGUUAGCUUUGAAAGAAUCUUCUGCAAAGGCUCAACAAUCCUCCAGUUCCGCCGCUUAA